UUUUUUUUUUUGUAUUUUUUGGUGUCUGUGUCUUGCCUUAUAUAAUAGAGGUAGACGAAAAGCUGCAUGUUCCCCAUAAUACCAUUUCAUUUACACUUCUUUAUCACUGUCAGUCAACAAUGAUACAGAAAGUAGGCACUUCACUUCAUCUCUUGGUUUGUCUCUUCGUCUCCAGUUCCCCAAUUCUGUAAUGAAAGUUGCCGAAAUGAUGAGAUUCAACGAAUAAUUUGUGUUCUUAAUUCUGCAGUUCUGUAGGGAGGAGAAGCUCAAUGAAACUCUUCACGUGCUAGAGCGUGAAACAGCUGUUUUCUUUGACUUGAAUUACUUUGAGGCCCUGAUACUUUCUGGUAGAUGGGAAGAGGUGGAAAGAUAUAUCUUUGGCUAUGGAAACUUGGAGGAUGAUAAGUUCUUGAUCAAGGUUCUUUUUGAAGUUAGGAAGCAAAAGCUCUUGGAAGCACUGGACAUAGGAAAUCACGCAAAGGCACUAGAGAUUGUUAGAGAUGAACUGAAGGUUUUUGCCUCACAUGAUGAAGAGCUCGUCAAGGAAAUUACUCAACUCCUAACAUUUGACGAUUUCAGGGAACAUAAGUUACUGAGAAACUAUGGCGAUAUUUACACUGGAAGAGCCAAUCUUAGCAAAGACUUGAGGAAGAUCAUCGAGGCGGAUCCAGGUUUCCAUGGAAAAUUGGAGUUUCCUACAAUUGGAAUGGCAAGGCUAAGACACCUAAUAAACCAAAGUUUAAAUUGGCAGCAUUUUAAAUGCGAAAAUCCUGAGCCAGUCCCUGAUGUAGAAACCCUUUUUAAGGAUCAUAUGUGUCAAUCAAUUUACCAAUACAUUCAAAGCAAUCUAGAGCCUUCUUAUUCUAUUUAUUUUGAGGCAUCAGAUGUGACUUAUGGUAUGGUCGAGGAUGCUUUUGAAACUGAGUCAACUACAACUUUUCCGGAGGAAAUCUGGCCUUGCCUGGAGGAUAGUUCUGAAAGUGAGCUUUUUGAUUUGCCGGUGACUGUUGGAUGUGUUUUGAAUGAAGAGUCAAAUCCAACUACAAUGGAUUUUCACCCUGUUAAUAAUUCUGUUCUUCUAGUGGGAACUGAUAGUGGAAGUAUAUCACUAUGGGACAUUGCUUUGAGGAGGAAACUACUUUCCAGAAAUUUCAGAAUCUGGUAUAUUGGAGAAUGUUCAAUAAUAUUCAAAGCAGCCCUUUCAAAAAAAAUUCACGUGUCAGCUAAAUGCACAAGAUGGAGCCCUGGUGGUAGCCUCAUUGGUGUGGCAUUUUCAAAACACAUUGUGCAACUAUAUACCUAUGAAGAUGGAAAUGACAUUUUUCAAAGUUUAGAGAUUGAUGCACAUGUUGGCAGUGUCAAUAAUAUAGCAUUUUCUAAACCUGAUAAGGAAACUUUUGUCAUCACUUGUGGCGACGACAAGAUGGUCAAGGUAUGGGAUGCUUUCACGGGUGCAAGUAAAUUUGUUUUUGAUGGUCAUAAAGCUCCUGUCAUCUGUGCUUUUCCAUGCAACAUCAAAGGGGUUAAUUUCAUUUUUUCAACAUCAACAAUGGGUGAAAUGCGAGGAUGGAUGUAUGAUAAUUUAAAAAACAGGAUUGCAGUUGACGAUCCUUGCUGUAGAAGGAUGGUUUGUGCAAAGGAUAGUACAAGGUUCUUUUCAUGCGUGAUAAACGAGGAAGAGAAUUCAUGCAUACUUGAAUGGGAUUAUGAAAAAGGCAGUGUUAAGAAAACAUAUCAAGGACUUGAGAAACCUUGUCCUGGAGUUGUGCAUUUUGAUACCGCUAAAAACCAGGUUUUAGCAGCCGGAGAUAACCACCAAAUAAAGUUUUGGGAUAUGAGAAACUCUAAAUUUGUCUCAUCUACGGAUAUAAGGGAAGGCUUACCUGUAUAUCCAUAUAUUAGAUUCAAUAAGGACGGAACUUUUCUAGCUGUCUCUGCAAUGGAAAACAGAAUUGUGAUAUUGGCUACUGCUAAUGGUGUUGAAUUGUUAAAAUUUUGUCAAGAACAUCAUUCUAUUGCUGAUGCAAGAUGCUUACAGAGAGACGAUGUUAGACUCUUGGAGGUUGCUCCUACUACCAUUGGCGAAGAUAACACCAGUCACGAGCCUUUCCUGUUAGACCAACAUCCUGGACUCUGUGUCCGGAGGCUAUCUGCUGAUGUGAAAGGUGGAAAGAUAUGUAGGAUGGCCUACACUAGUGUUGGUGAUUCAGUGUUGGCAUUAACAUUGAGUGGCACUGUUUUAGUCUGGAAAUGGCUUAGAAAUGACACAAACUCCAUGGAUAAUGAUGAGACUAUUCCUCAAAUAUGGAAGCUGGAGAAUGGAUUUCCUGUUAUGUUAAAUACACCUGGAUCUUUCCCAGACAUAGCUGUGCCGUGCUUGGCAUUGACAAAGAAUAAUUCGUAUCUCAUAUCAGGUUCAGGCGGGGAACUUUCCUUGUUUAAUAUUCAAACUUUCAAGAGGCUUUUGACUUUCGUUCCUUCGCCACCACAAACUACAGCAGUUGCGCUUUACCCUAAAGAUAAUAAUAUAAUUGCAAUAGGCAGAAGUGACUCAACGAUCCUGAUAUAUUAUAUUCCUCUUGGCAAGAUUAAAUAUAAGCUUGAGGGUCAUUCUGGACAAAUUAAGGACCUCGCAAUCUCAACAGCAUUGAAUACGCUCAUUUCAUCAGGAUCUGAUUCUAAGAUUUGUGCAUGGGACUCGGAGAAUUGGGUUAUGAAGACAAGUACAUCUUGGACUAGAUUGACUGGUGGGGCUAAGAUACAGUUUCAUCAAGAUCAAGUCCAUUUCCUUGUCAUUCAUGAUACAGCUCUGGCAAUAUACGAAGCAGAGAAAUUACAGUGCAGAUCCCAGUGGUUUGUUGGAGAAAAGCGCUCUCCAAUUUCAUGUGCAGCUUUUUCCUGUGAUGGCAAGAUGAUAUAUGCCUGCUUUUUUGAUGCAACUUUCUUCAUAUUUGAUGCUUCAAACUUCCAACUAAGCUUGUGCAUUAGUAUGAGGCUUCAAAUCUCCAGUGUCAACGUUCAUCCUUCAGCAAUAACUGUUCAUCCAAAAAAGGCAUACCAAUUUGCUUUAGGGCUUUCAGAUGGCACUGCUGCAAUAUUUGAGCUACCAGAACCACAAUCUGAAUCGGCUCUAUCAUCAAAUGAAUCCUCAGGAUCACAAUUUCACAAUGCCUGAAGAAUAAUUGAUUUCUUUGAGUUGGUGCACAACGAGCUGAGAGUUAAGAUCAUAUGUCUGAUCUUCUGUUAAGACAUCUAAUGAGAUAGAUAGUGGAACUUACUGGGUACGCAACAUGGUUAAUUUCGAUUUGCCAAGUGUGGAACUGUACAAGUGUUGAUGUGAACAGAUCGUGCAAGUUUUCCUUAUAAUAUGGAUCUUCAAGUAUCUUAAUUUCACACUUUGGAACAGCUGAU